UUUUGGAAGAAAUACAAUAAAACACUUUGAUUAAAAUAAAUAAACAAAAUAAAAACAAGAAAGAAGAGUGAGAUUUGACAAAAAAGUGAUUCUAGCCACGCAAUUCGAACGUGUCUUCCUCUUUCUCUCUCCACUCAAAACCCAACCAACAUUCAGCAUUCAGCAUCAAUAUAGUGCGCCAUCUGCUGAUGCAUCACUCAACCCCAAUGACAACAUCUUAUUGAAAUUCUCAAUUUCUGCUUAAAAAUCCAGUCUUUUUUCAUUAGUUUUUGCUGAUUUUCUCUGUUUCUCAAACACCCAUUUUUGAGUAAAGUGGCUGUUUUGGAAGGUGUGGUAACUAGAGAGCCAUUGUUGGACAAAAUUUUCUUUUUCAACUGGUAUCUCAGGACUCAGGAGUCACAAUAGAGGGUCAAGGAUUGUAGUUGUACUGUGAAGGUGUACGAUGUAAGUUGGUGCAGGAUUAGGGAGAGUUCAACGGUGAAUUCAGGACUCCGCCCUCAUCUUGUGCAAUUAGGUAGCUGCCACCCGUGGAAAGUCUCUUGAAUUUUUGUCGAAGACAAUAACAUGGCUGGGCCAUAUUUUGAUCCUGAAUAUGAGAACUUAAGCAUCAGAAUAAAUCCUCCCAGGGUAUCUGUCGAUUACACAAGUUGCCGUGAUUGCACCCUAGUUAAGGUUGAUAGCAUGAAUAAACCAGGGAUACUUUUGGAAGUUGUGCAAAUCUUAACUGAUCUUGAUCUCCUCAUUACCAAAGCUUACAUUUCCUCUGAUGGUGGAUGGUUUAUGGAUGUCUUCCAUGUUACUGAUCAAAACGGGAAGAAGAUUACAGACAGCAAGACCAUAGAUUAUAUUGAAAAGGCUUUGGGACCCAAGGGCCAAGCAGCUGAUUGGAUAAAGAGUAGGCCAGGAAAAAGAGUUGGACUACACUCUGUUGGUAAUCACACUGCUGUCGAGCUGAUAGGCAAGGAUCGUCCAGGGCUCUUGUCAGAGAUCUUUGCAGUGCUUGCUGACCUCCACUUCAACAUAGCUGCUGCUGAAGUUUGGACCCACAACACUAGAAUAGCUUGUGUCCUUUAUGUCAAUGAUGAUACUACCUAUCUGGCUGUAGAUGACCCCAGCAGAUUAUCUCUGAUGGAAGAACAGCUCAAGAACAUUCUCGGUGGCACCCAAGAUGAUGAACAUGUGGCUCACACCAGUUUCUCCAUGGGUUUUACCCAUGUUGACCGUCGUCUUCAUCAGAUGAUGUUCGCUGACAGGGAUUAUGAAAGUGCUGACACACUGAAUAUUGUGGAAUAUCCUCCUCCUCUGAAGCCUAAAAUUUUUGUUGAACAUUGUGAGGAGAAAGGGUACUCAGUGGUUACACUGAAGUGCAAGGAUCGACCAAAGCUUAUGUUUGAUAUUGUCUGCACACUUACAGAUAUGCAGUAUGUUGUUUUCCAUGCAACCAUCUCCUCUGAUGGCCCAUAUGCAUCACAGGAGUACUACAUUCGACAUAUGGAUGGCUGUACACUUGACAUGGAAAUGGAGAAGGAAAGGGUUAUCAAAUGCCUUGAAGCUGCCAUUCAACGGAGAAUAAGUGAGGGUCUAAGCCUAGAACUCUGUGCAAAGGAUCGAGUUGGCUUACUAUCGGAAGUGACAAGGAUUCUCCGAGAACAUGGUCUGACAGUAAUGAGAGCAGGUGUGUCCACUGUAGGAGAGAAGGCAAAGAAUGUGUUCUAUGUGAGGGAUUCUUCAGGGAAUCCAGUAGAUGUGAAAACAAUCGAAGCACUCCGAAAAGAGAUUGGGCUUACCAUGAUGCUCAAUGUGAAGAAAGCCCCAGCUAGCUCCAGGGAACCCGCGGAAGCUAAAGGAUGGGCCAAAACCAGCUUCUUCUUUGGCGGUCUGCUGGAGAAGUUCAUGCCGUGAAUAUGAUGCAUGCCGAACAUAUACUGUGGCAUAUGUAUGUAACAUUUUGGUGUAUAGACUAAUAAAAGUUUCACCAAAGAAAGCCUCUAAUUGUCAUCAGAACUGUGAAUCUUAUGAUUAAUUUUAGGUGGUAGAUAUGUAGGAUGAGAAACAUUAUUAGGACAGUAUAAAGUUCAAUAUGAAAUAGGCCCAAAAUUUCUUGCUCUUCAUAGAGCUGGUGACUUGCGCAGUUAGGUCAUAAAUUUGGUUUCAUGUUGAUGUAAGCUGUUUCCAAACUACACCGAAAAUUAUAUAAAGCCACAAGGAAAUUAAAUGUAUAAUGAAUUAACGACUCAAA